CUCUUUCACAGGAGGCGCGUGCGCAAAUAGACUCGCGACCUCUCAGUGAACUUUGACCCCACGACGGCCUCUUUUGUCCCUCCCGCUGUGUCAAGAUGGCGCUGUCCAGGGUCUACUGGAGAUGCGUCUCUCUGGGCGGUGCGGCCGCUCUCCCGGGACCCCUCUUCUCUCUGCGGCUGCAGCCUGGGCGCCGGAGCCCAGCCUGGGGUCCUCCUAGACCUUCCAGGCUUCACCUCUCCCCAAAGGUAGAUUUGAAGAGCAUUGUCUCUUCUUUUGUGGCCAAGACAAAGGUGGUUAAUGAGAAAUAUAAUCGCUUCUUGGAGCGUCGCUUUCCCCGAUUCUAUGUCGUGUAUUCAGUCUUCAGGAAAGGAUUUCAGAUGCUUUUGGCUGAUGCAAAAAAGGCUAGAAGAAUAAAGACAUUUAUGACCCAGAAAAAAUUAAUGUUUCAUCAGCUUUCAUACCGGGACAUGGAACAUUUGCGACAGUUUCGACGAGAUGUGGCCAAGUGUCUUUUCCUGGGCAUCAUUUCCAUCCCACCCUUUGCCAACUACCUGGUCUUCUUGCUGAUGUACUUGUACCCCCGGCAACUGCUGAUCCAGCAUUUUUGGACCUCAAAGCAGCAGCUGGAAUUCUUGGACGUCUACCAUUCUCAACGCAAACAGUCCCAUCCAAAGAUCCUCAACUGCUUGGAAAGGGCCAUCCCUUUGAUCUCAAAUACGGCUCUCCGGUGGCAUUUUACACAGCUGUGCACCAAGGUUCAGAAUGGUGCUCACCCAGGUAUAAAUGAUCUACUGCUUUUGAAGAACUGUUUUUCUGUCUAUCCCCUGGACAUAGGUCAUCUUUCUAUUCCGCACAUGAAAGCCUUGAGCCGGGCCAUGCUUCUCACACCUCACCUACCCUCUGUUUUGCUGAGAUACCGUCUGAAUAAACACACCACUGUGCUUCACCAGCUAGACAAAGCUUUGAAAAGACUGGGGAUUGGCCAGCUGACUGCUCACGAAGUAAAAUCGGCUUGUUAUCUCCGUGGCCUGAAUUCCACCCACCUUACUGAAGACUGGUGUCGAAUUUGGCUAGAAGAAUGGCUACAGUUUUCCUGUAGCCUCAAAAAUGCUGAGAUGUCCCUCUUGCUGCAUGCUGUGGUCCUACUUUCCACCAACCACCCUGGGACAAGGCAUUGAGGGAGCUUCUAGAAAGGACGAGACCGUCCUCUAUCCUUUCUGGAGAUGCAGCCUGGGACCACACAGCACCCACGAGCCACAGACCCACAGAGAGGAGUGAACGCUGCAGGCCUGGCAGUGUGGCACCCAAAGCGGAAGGAAGCAUUAUUGUGUCCCUUCCAGCUAGAACUGAAAGCUCCAUUCACAUGGUUGAGUCCUAUGGGGUCCAUCCCCACGUGAUCAGUAUUAUGUGGCAGUGGCCCUAUCUGCUGCUGUGUUCUUUCUGGCUGGUUUUCCACUGAACUAAAUGCUUGGACUGGACAGGAAACAAAGCUACUUAAACUUAAGCACUUAUGCCCCAGAAUGUUCUUCUGUCCCUUUCUAAAGCUGCCACAGAAAAACACUUUUUCCUUGAUAACUCCUUUCUAACUUAUCGAUGUCCUGUCAAGAAAAAGGGAAGUAUUUUCCUUUGGAAGAGAACAUCUCCCCUGUUUUGCCCUCCUCCCUCACACGUUUACGCUUUCACCUGCCUUGUCUUAAUUUCUGGGCUAUAGCCCCUGUGGAUCUUAAGAUGCCUGGCUCCUGCCACUGUGUUGUUGAUCCCCACCUGUUACUGUCACAGUGGCUGCGGUGUUUGGGCCAUGGAUAACACCAGGAAAAUACCAGUUAGUGCCUGGCUCGGUGAAUCCAUCCAUGGGAAGGACUGCACCCAAGGUACCGUGAAUUGGGUUUAGUUUUGUAUUUGUACAUGUCAGUGACUUGUAAGUUACUAUAAACGCAUGAACCGACGUGUUCAGCCACAAGUAAAGAUUUAAUUAAACUAAUGGCUACAAAUUACUUAAAUGUGCUAAUCAUUUUAUAACAGAGACUGCCUUGCUGUAAGUUCCAUGAUUAAGAUAAAAUUAUGGAAAAAGA